AUGGAGACAUUUACCCUCGACGUUGUGCCGCCAGUUCCAAGGAACUUGACGGCGCUGAAUGUAUCAGUUUCUUACAGUGAUCUGAUAGCGCACCCAGAGUUAUUCUUUCAGGGAUCUGACUUAGUUUGGAUGAUGGCAUCGGGAGCAUUGGUUAUGCUAAUGAUACCAGCGGUAUGCCUCUUCAACUCAGGUGCUUCGGAUCGCUACUCUGCGUUGAUUAUGUUCCGCCUUCCUUUCAUCACCACCGCGUUUAUUGGUGUCCAGUGGUAUCUCUGGGGGUAUUCUCUAGCCUUUUCACCUGCUGUUUCACCAGCUUCUUCUCCAUGGUCCUGGUACGGAGGAUCCACUAAGGCGAACGCUCUCCAAGAUACUGUAGCUCGACCAGUUGGUGCAGCCGGAGCCAAGAUUCCGGAACUGGCAUUUGUGUUUCUUGACCGGAAUCUCGACACCUCCCAACCCUCUGGCCCACGUGACCCCGCGCCGCCUUUGCUCAGGCGGCUCAGGCCUGGCUCAACUUCGGCUCAAGUCUGCUCAGGUCUGCUCACCCAUCUCACCAGAAAUCGUUAA